CAGAGUGAAGUGGAGAGAUGCAGUAACAGUAGCUUGAUAGAUGGAGGCAGUGUAGCUAGCUACAGUCCAGGCACCUGCUACGCUAAUUACCAUAACAGGUAUUUACUCUAAAUCAACAUUUUGUUUCGUACAUCUUAGUUUAUCUGCACAUCCCGGUUGUGAGAUGAACAUGCCAUAGCUACAACAUCUGAAGAUCUAUGAGGCCUUCAGCCAGGAGAGCUCUCCCAUGGAACAGGAAGUGAUGCCCAUAUACUCCUCCUCCCCCCCUCCGCUGGACGACGAAUCAGGGGGAGAGGAGGACGAUGACGAGUUUGGGGAUUUCUCUGGGGGUGUGGCAAUGUCAUCCAACCAGCCGUGCCCCUCCACAACAGACCCCGCCUCCCCGACCCCAUCAACUGUGAGCUUUAGUGUUAGUAACUCCUCCUCUUUCUCUGGAACUACCCAUAGCAACGGAAUCUCGAAACAGUUCCGAGCAGCUGACGACCUGAAGAAGCCACGGGCGCCGGACCAAUCACAGCCCGCUAAUACUGGGACCUCAGAGGUCGGCAGGGUUCGGCCGGGGUUGGAGGUCAAAGGGCAGCCCUGUCAUUGCGACCUCCCUGACCUCCCUCUCACCAAUGGGUUUGUCAAGCGGAAUCACCAGGGGACCAUGUCUGCAGGUCUUGUACCGGCUGGCCUGGGCUCCCCCAGCCAGGAGCAGGGGUUUGCAGACUUCUCUGCGUUCGCCGAGCCAGAGAUGGAGCUGGAACCCUGGUGCUGCGGCUUCACUCACACUCACAGUACGGAGCACAGGAAGGACGGCAGGAUGGAGGGGACAAACCUAACCAACGGUUUCUGCAAUGCACACUCGGUCCAGAAGGACAUGGAGCAGCGGGCCAGAAUAGAGCCUGGCGGGUCUGACUCUCAAUGUUUAGCACAGCAAGAGGACAGGGACUGCACUCGAGUCCAGCAACACUGUGAGCUAAGGGGCCACCCUCAGGACUCUGGCCUCUUAGCCCCCAUAGAGGUGCUCUGUGCUAGGGGUGAGGGGCUGGGGGAGCCUGGAGAGAGGGCACCCAGCAUCAACAGGGAUAGCACGCUUACACAGGACCCAGAACUGGGAGGGAGGAGGGUGGAGGAGGAGGAAGAUAAGGAGAGCGAAACAGAGGACAGUGUCUCUCCUCUCCAGACCACAGUCAGUGGGUCAGUGAGUGAGGAGUUUGCCUCCUCUGGUGAGGCUGUGUCGUCAGAUGCUUUGGAGGAGUUUGGGAACUUUGGCGAGACGGUCUUCACUCCCUCGUCAAUAGGGGAGGAGGAGAAGGAGAAAGAUGAGGUGCAGCGGAGUGACCUCAGGGAGGAGACCGAGACAAAGUUGGUGGAGGAGGAAGAUGAAGAAGAGGACUUUGGAAUCUUCAGGGAUGCUGGAUCCUUCCCUAGCCAGGAGGACUUUGCUGACUUCAACCAAUCGGAGUCCAGGACACAGGAGGGCUUUGGUGACUUUGAACAGGACUAUUCUGAGGACCUAGGUACGACCCAGGCGUGUGGGGAGGAGGUUGGACAUGGAGACCUUCCCCUCAGCGACAGCUUUGCAGACUUCCACUCUGCUCCCCUGGAGGGGCAGGGUGAGAGGGAAGAGGGCUGGGGGGCGUAUGGAGACCAGGGAGGUCUGUCGGAGGGGGAGACCUGGGCAGAGUUUGGAGAGGAGGAUAGAGCCAGGCGGACAGAAGAGGCAGAGGCGAAGAAGUGGGGAGAGAGAUGUCAGGGAGGUGCUGCUGUACGAAGGGACAGUCUGCAGUCCUCCCUGUCUAUCCGGCUACAGAGAGUCCUACAGACCAGCUUCCCUGCAGUGGCAGUCCCAGAACUGGAUCAGGAGAGGGAGGAGACUGGGGUGGAGGGGGAGGAGACUGGGGUGGAGGAGGACGAGACUGCCGUGGAGGAGGAGGAGACGGGGGUGGAGGACAGUGGGGAUGAGGUGUUGAAUGUGCUCAGCCUCAGGGCUCUGCUAGAGACUCUAGACACACAGCCUGAGGAAGAGGAGACAAAGGGGCUCAACCACACUACACACUGGGUUCCUAGGGGCGCGUGGCGGCAGCCUCAGGACCUCCACGAUGCCGUGGGCCUGGGAUUCCAGUGGGGCGGUUCCCAUAGCAACAGGGCCCUGCUCCGCUGUCUGGGGAUGGACACCAGAAACAUGUUGUUCACUGGUCAGAGAAAGCAGCCUGUCAUAGUUCCUGUGUUUGCAGCCAGCCUGGGAAUGUUAGAGCCCACCAAAGAGCCACUGAGACCAGCUUCAACUGCGGAGAAGACUGCUGCCACAGCACAAGCACUUCCUGGGUCACAGGAAACCACCACCACCUCGUCAAUACAGCAGGGGGCCCCCCAGCCUUGGUCCCAGUUUGACUGGAGCAGCAGUGGCCUUGGUAUCAACCGUCUGGAUGAGCUAGACAGUGACACAAGCAGCCGUCCAGCUGACACCCUGAACCACCUUAUGUCUACUAUGGAGAAUACCACCACCUCCACCAGGAAACCCCAUAGGGAUGAGGAGGACCAGCUGAGUGAGGAGGCAGCCAGGGUGAUCUGUGGGCUGGCUGACCUGUCCUUCAUGAAGGCUAAGGUCCUAAUGUUCCCCAUCACCCUCACACCAGCCGCUGGCUCUGGUACACUGCUAGAGUGAUGCACACAUGGAUGGAUGCACACACACACAAACACAGAAGACUUGUCCGCUUCAAAGCUAGAUUGAACAUUAAUGCAAAGUCAAAAUGUUGAUCAUCAGUAAUAUGGUGAAAUAGUUAGUCUUUUGUUCUGAAUGUAUUGAUGUAUUUAUGUUGUGACACAGUGGUUGAGGUCUAAGACUGAUCCACACUUACCUCCAGUCAUCUGCCUCGUUCCUCCAGUGGUCUUAGAUCAAUUUCCUGUUUCUCUUUUCAAGAUGAACAUUUUAUCUUCAUGUAUUUAUUAUUGAUGUGUGUAUAGUUAUUCAUGUAAAUUCAUCAUAAAUCCAUAGGAAAUAUAUUGUAUUUAAUAUUUACAUAACAGUUUGGAAAUAACAAUAUUUAUAUGAUAUAUGUUUGUGUUGUUGAUCUAGAGUGUGAUUUCCUCUUAAAUGGCACCCUAUUCCCUAUAUAGUGUACUAUUAUUGUCCAGAGCCAUAUGGGACCUGGUGAAAAGUAGUGCACUACAUAGGGGAUAGAGUGCCAUUUGGGACAAACACCUAUCAUCAUGGGGUUAACUACUGUUAAAUAAUAUAAUAGCACAAGUCUUAAUGAAUAGGGCCUCCAGAACCCUAAUAUUUCUGAUUAGUGUCUCGGGGAAACACAGUCCUGUGUGUUCAGAUGAUCUGCCAUUAAAGGGACAAUCCAGUAUUUGUACAUCCAUUUUUUUUAACCUUUAAAUGAAUGAAAUGUAGCCAUUGAUUGUUAAAGAAUUUAAUGUAUAAAUGCCUCCUGAUCUUAGUUCAACUGUCUUACCCAAUCAGAACCAAAUGAUCAGCGUGUUUCACUACAUUGCUUGUAAAUAAUGUAAUUGGUAACUAACGCUGUAAAGCUUCAGAAUGUGGUUAAACUAUCAUGUUGAUCUCAUGGAUGGUCAGUCCUUGCAUCCAUCCUUGCUUCAUCUUUGAAUUUGAGUGGUUUAAUUUCUCCAGCUCCAUCCCUCAGCUGUUUACCAAAAGAAAGUAGCGGGCGGCCAUUUAGUUAUUUGAAUCCCAGAUUGCCCCUUUAAGGAUAAUGGGACAGUGAUGCUCACAUGUAAAGAGGGAUCAGUGUUUGCGGAAAUAUAUUUUAUUUGAUUCCUUA